AUGCCUUCUGCCACCCUAAAACAAGAGUCCAGCUUUUGGAGAACAUUCACAGGUGUCGCAGCCCACUACAAUGCAGAAGAGAAGCUUGCUGCAAGCUUCUUCUUCUCCAAGAGCAGAACAGACCUUUCUAGCACUGCCAAGUUCUUCACAACCUUAGUGCGCCAGAUGAUGGAUGUUGUACCCGGUCUCAAACAGCACGUUCAGAAAGCAGUCGAGAAGAACAAACAAAUCGCCGAGCAGGCUCCGAGAGACCAAUGGCAAAGGCUUAUUCUCGCGCCCCUCCGCAGUCUCACGCAUCUGGAUAGAGCUGCGAAGCCGUAUCUACUCGUUAUAGAUGCUCUAGACGAGUGUAGCGACGACGAAGACGUUCCCGAGAUAAUCCGACUUCUCUCACAGAUCCAAGAAGUUUCGCCCAUCGCUUUUCGAGUCCUUUUUACAAGUAGACCAGAGACUUACGUCCAGAGAGGCUUCAACAGGAUCAAAGGAUUUCAAGAUUUUGUCCUGCACAACAUCGAAGAAUCCGUCGUUGAACGCGAUAUCACAGUCUUUAUUCGUGAAAGGUUCAACGACAUACGGAAAAGUCAAGGACUCCCUCCUACUUGGCCAGGUGAAAAACAAGUUAGUUGUCUCGCUCGCAAGGCUGAAGGGCUCUUCAUCUACGCUGCAACUACAUGUCGAUUUGUUGAAACCUACUGGAAUGCGCAAGAGGGUCUUGAGAUAAUCCUCCGAGCGGAUCACAUCAUUGACGAAUCGCCGGAGCAGAAUCUGGACCGGAUGUACACAACCAUUUUGCAGCGUUUGACCAUGAUCAAAGGAUAUUCCAAAUUACAAGGAGCGUUCCAGAGAGUUUUAGCUGCUAUUGCAGUCUCAGCCAAACCUCUUUCCCCCUAUGGGCUGGCUAAGUUGCUUGAUGCGGAGUUUAGGCAGGUUCAAGCUUUCUUAAACAAUACUAAAUCCGUGCUCGAUUCUCCGAACCUAUCGAUGGAGAGCCGCGAUAGCGUCAAGAUUCUGCACACAUCUUUCCGGGACUUCCUCCUCGACGGCACCAGGUGCACCGACACACGAUUCCACGUCAACGAAAAGGACGCCCACCAGCUCCUCGCUAGGAACUGCAUCGACGUCAUGUCUCGGACCCUGCAGAAGGACAUCUGUUGCCUGCAAGACCCUGGCACUCAUGCUAGCUCUGUCAACCCGGCCCGAAUCAACGAGCACAUCCCGGGCCACCUCAAGUACGCUUGUCGGUACUGGGUCAAGCAUCUCCAACACAGUCCUGACGCACUUGACACUGCGUCAAUCUACGACUUUCUCUGCCAUCACUUUCUACACUGGCUCGAGGCUCUCAGCCUCGUGGGCAAGGUGCACGAGGCGGUCCACACUCUUACCGAUCUACAGUCACUCUGUGGAUCAGACUAUAAUCUUAAGCGGUUUCUGUACGACGCACACCGGUUUACGCUCGCGUUUCGGUCGGUAAUCGAAGAGGCGCCGCUCCAGACGUACAUCUCGGCACUACUGUUUGCACCGCGCCAGAGUAUUGUCAGACAACGGUUCUCGAAGGAGAUCCCGCAGUGGAUCGUAGGCGCGCCCCAAGUGGAGGAAGAGUGGAGCCCGGUAAUUCAAGUACUUAAAGGCCAUUCUCGCUCCGUUGAAGCGGUGGCAUUCUCUCCCGACGGAGGAGUGGUGGCGUCUGGAUCCGACGACAACACGGUCAAGCUGUGGGAUGCGAAGACGGGCCAGCUGCGCACCACGCUCGAAGGCCAUUCGGACUACGUUCGAGCGGUGGCAUUCUCGCCCGACGGAGGAGUGGUCUUCGCUAGAUUUUAUAACGGGACAGUCAAAGCCUGGAACGUCGAAACCGGAGACCUGGGUCUCUAUCCGUACAGGACCUUUGGCUAA